AUGGCGUUCAUGAUGCCUGUAGUGAAGAACGAUUGGGAUAUUUACCAUUCUCAGCGGACUCGACGGACAUCGGAAUCCGCGGAGAAGGUUGUGGUCGGAGGGCGUGUGCGGAAGGUGUCAGAGUCGAGAUCGGAGGGACCGAUUAUGUCGCCACGCAUGGGGGCUGCCCUAAGCCCACACCGGAGUACUCCAGCGAUGAGGUCACUGUCAUACUGUCGUGCACCGCCUUCACGGGCGUCCUUGAGGGCACAAGACAGCCCCAAGGGCUCGGCUAGCCCGCCAAGUGCAUCUCGCGACUCGGAGAAGUUCCAUAGCAGGGCGCGCGCGGAGUCCCCCGAGCACUCGCGAUGUGGAGCCUGCAUGCCCUACCUGUGA